UUUAGCCAGGUUCCCACUUUGUCGAGCAGUCAUACGUUACUACAGCACCAACUCCAUAGGAUCUGUUAAAGCCCGCACUUUGUAAACUUCCUAUAUACUUGAAGCAGGUGUUUUUACCCGCGAGCUCUCUAUACAACGCCUCUGAACGAAGAAAAAUACUGCAAAAGUGUAAAUUAGAUAAAGAAAUGGGUCCCAAGAACGUUACUAAAAAAAUUUUCAUUUUCAUCGGCCUUUUUACGUUUUAUUUCGUACCAGCUAAAGGAAUUAAUUGUUACCAGUGUGCAAGCACAAAUAACACGAACAUCUUUCAGUGCAAUGAAUUUCUUACGGAUGAUAUAGAUAUGCAACCAAAGUCAUGUGAUGGUGUAUUUGGUGCAAAAUAUUGUAUCAAACAUGUUGGUCGAUUUGAGGGUAAUUGGAACACGCAGCGUUUAUGUUCAUCACUCGAUCUGGACAAUUCAAAUUGCCCAAUUACGGGUGAGAGACAACCGGGAGACACGUUAACUUAUCGUACCUGCGUAUAUACUUGUUCAACAGAUGGAUGUAAUUACAAGUAGACAGAAACGACAACACCGACUGCAAUGACAAUUUGUAGUUUAUUAUUGUUAUUUUAUAUCAUUCAAAGAUAAAAUGAUGUCUAAAAUCCGUC